GGGUUCCCAGUUCAUCGGACAAUGUACUAUACCCUAAAGAAGUCGCUCUUCAUAGACAGGCCUCAGCAAAAAAAUUAACUGGCAACGAGAGUGAGAUCAACAUGAUGGAAGCUACAAGAGAGUCAAGGAAAGAUG